AUGCCCCCGAGAGACGUCCUCGUUGACGCCGUCGAUUCUUAUUUUCAAUAUUGUCAUAAGCAACCCCUAUGGCUGUUCGAUCGAGACGAGUUUUCCUCCUUGCAAGACUGCCGUGAGGAGACACUAUUCUCCCUUCUAGCGCUUUCGGCGUGUCACGCUAGACAUCUAUACUUCCGCAGCCAGCCGGACGAGCUGAGUGAAAGGUAUGCCCAGGCCGCGAGAGAGCACAUCAUGCAGCGGAUUGUCGAGGGCACCGUCACACUCUCGACUAUUCAGAGCCUCUGCAUGCUGGCAAUGGCCAAUCUACAAGCCAAUAACCCAAUCUUGGUGAGUUUGCACGUGGGCAUCGCAUCGACAUUGGCAAAAUGUGCUAGCCUUGACUUCGAAACAUACCCUCUAGGCGAUCUCAGCUUGCAUGCAGAGUCGCGGCGAAGAGUAUUCUGGAGCUUGCAUCUGCUACAACAAAUGUACGGGCAGCAAGGCUCCUCGACAACCGACAUCCUUGAAGAUAUUUCCAGUCCCCAGCAUGUCAUGACUCAUACAGACCUGUCGAAGAAGUUGAAUGAUCUGCCCCCAUCAAUGCCGCAAGGGGGAAUGAACGAGGAACGCAGUGAAAUAUGGGCUUAUAUGAUCCAAUUGGCCGCUCUAUGGGCAGAGAUUCGGACGUACGUGAGACAAUUCGUCCGGCAGACCAACCUCAUGCCACCCCCAUGGUCCAUCGAGUCUAGGUACACUAUCAUCAACGCCCAUCUUAUGGAUCUGGAGACGAAGCUGCCCAGCCGUCACCGUUUCGACCUGGCACGCUUUUCCUACCAGGAAAAUCAGGAGCUCCAGAACAAUCGGGAAUACUGGAGUCCGUGGAUUUAUCUGCAAUUCACCUAUCACACCAUUCACAAUAUGUUAAACCAUCCCUUCUUGUAUUCGUCGCGAACACGGCAGUCAGCCGAGCAGAGCGCGCCAAACACUUUUUGGAAGACGUCGUUGGAGCUCGCAUUUAUUCACAGCAUCUGGGUCUCACGUCUCAUCGAAAUGAUUACAAAAAAGGCCUAUCGUGUGUCAGAUCCGUUCAUUGGUCACUGCACGGCAAUUGCAGCCACCGUCCACCUCUACUUUUGCCGAACCGAUGAUAAGACGACCAGGGAGGCGGCAUUGGACAGGCUUGCAAGAUUUGUUGAUUUUUUGGCAGAGCUGGCUUUGCUUUGGCCAUCGUGUCGAGUGAUGCAUGAAAAGCUCCAAGCUUUGUUUCACUCCGCAUUGUCGUCGGCUCGUCAUUCGGUGGGCGGAGAGCCGAACCAAGAUCCGACAUCCAGGACCUUAUCGAUUAACACGCGUUUGAUGUGGGAUAUUCUCCUCUACAAUGUCGCCGACAAUAGGGAUACGAAGACUUUGUCUCGCCUGGGGCGUCUUUUCGACGAAUCAGCUUCUUUCCCACGAGACCAAGACGACGAAGGAGAGGACACUGUCGAGAUGGAAAUCUCCCACCAUCCUACCGUCGAAGUGAUCCUGUCCAAUGGACAGGCAUUGCCAUUACAGUCAGGCCAACGGCGACAUAAUCAAGAAGGUGGCGGCAUCAGAUUAGAUGACAGGCAAAACUUGCAGGCAAAUCAGCCCUUUGCCGUGCCUGCGGCCGACUCCCACUUCACCGAACCCGCUGGUCCUCCCUUAUGGCCGAUUGCCGGCAGUCCUUCGCCCUCCGACAUGACCUACGACCUUUUGUUCCAAUUUCAAGACCCUGGCAGCCCUUUUUUGGGGCGUGGGAAGCUGGCAACCUAUAGUUCUCUGCGCCCCUGA